GGUGAAUGGAGCGCGUCUAAGCAGAGACAGCGGAGGACUUAACUCGCGGCACUAAAAAUAUGACAGCCCUGCAAUUUGCCCUGGUGGGCGCCAUCCUGACCCUGCUGAGCGUCGCUGACCCCAGCAAUGGAGAAUCCUACUUUGGGGACAGCUUUUGCAGUAUCCAAACCUUCCAAGAUGUCUCCAGCUUCCAUGUGACACUACAAAUGAAGACAAGUCGAAGAAGCGGCCUCCUACUCCUGGCUGCUGGAAUUGAGGAUUACCUUUUCAUUGAACUCCUAAAUGGCAAAAUACAGGCUCGGAUGAACAUGGGUGCAGGCGAGGUGAUCCUGUCAUCCUCUCAAGGUCUCCAACCGAACAACCUCCUGGAACACAAAGUUUCUCUCACACUGCAGGAUGCGAAGCUCACCAUGACAGUUGAUGACCUCUUCUCCACCUAUGUCCCUAUUAGCGAUGCUGGGGAGGAACUGAACAUUGACCAGGGCAUUUGGCUGGGAGGAACCGGAGAUCUUGACACUCCCUACCUUAACAACGCCAUUCCGCCUUUUCGUGGCUGCAUGACAAACGUCAAAUUCGAAUCCCAUGAAUUUGACAUUCUCGGUACACUCUUUAAACAAUGCCAUGACACAAAGGAAUCUUGCAGCAGCGAGUUUGAGGCAGGUGAUGGAGAAGCUACCAGUUUCAGCACUCCUGAUUCUUUUGUUUCCUUUCCCACCUGGAGCGGUGCUAGCGGCACACCAAGAGUUUUGGAAUUCCUCAUGAAGACUACAAUUGAAGACGCUCUUCUUGCAUUUCACCCCGGGAGAGAGACGGACUUCAUCGCAAUUGGUGUUGUGAAAGGCUACCUUAAAGGCGUGCUGGACUACGGCAAGGGCAUGGAGGUGCUGGAGAACAAUGAGGUGCAACUGGAUGAUGAUCAGUGGCAUAGAGUUCGGGUCCAAGUUGGUCAGGAUUCCUUUGACAUUAACAUAGACAGCCAGAUUGUCUCUCUACCUCUCGACUCUACUCAACAAUUGGACUUGGUAGGGAAUUUGUAUUUAGGAGGAAUUCAGGCUAAAAUGAAGGAUGUCUUUCGUGAGAGUAACUUAUUAAAUCGUGCGGAGGAGGAGAUGACUGCCGAGUCCUUUAUUGGAUGCUUGGGGGAAAUCAAAGUCAAUCAGAAGGAAAGAAGCCUGCAGGAUGCACUGGUGACCAAAGAUGUUCACGUAAAAUGUGAAGGAGAGGACUAUGACUAUUCCAGUUAUUACGACAUUGACGCGACAACAACAUCCCCACCGCCUAGCACCCGGUAUGUUGAUAUUGAAACAACAGAACCACAUUGCUACCCAACAGAUGACAUGCCAGUGAUAUUCAAGAAUGUGACCAGGCUCCUUGAUAUGACACCGUUGCAUGUGCCAGAAGGCGGAGAGGUAUUUCUUGACAUUGACCACCUGACCCCGACCUUUAACCUCAGUGCUGCGGAUAUGCGUCAGUCUCAGAUCAUCUUUUCUCUCAAGACUGACCCAUGGUAUGGACUGCUUGACAUGAAUAUCAACACAAAACGCAUGCAAAAAUUCACUCUACUGGAUGUCGUAAACCAGAAAAUCAAGUACAUGCACGACGGACAUGAAAAGCAUGCAGAUCGAAUUCACCUGGAAGUGGUUGCAAGCAGUAAUGGCUACCUCCCAGAAUGUCUUAAAACACCGCAUAGUUAUGUGUUACCAGUUGAAAUCAUUCCUGGCAAUUACAUUCCCCAACUGAGUGGAGGGGAAAUCACCAUUACAGAGAAUGGCAGGACUCGCAUGAGCCAGGCUCUUCUCAAAAACGCAGAUUCUGAUGCCCUCUGCGAUAAGUUGUUGGUCACCGUGGCGUCAGAACUUUCCUUAGAAACUGGUUAUUUUGAAAAAAGUCAAGAACCGGAACAGAGCAUCACAGAGUUUACCUGCAGGGAUCUGAAAGACGGGAAUAUCUAUUAUGUGCAUAAAGGGGGUGAAGCUAAUGAAAUUACCCUGGAAGUAUCAGAUGGUCGAGCUGUCAGCCACUCUGCGACUUUCAAGUUGGUUUUGACACAACCACAAAUGACUGUUGUUACCAACACUGGCCUUCUCUUGGUUCAAGGCAGCAAUGCUUCCAUCGGCAUUCAUAAUUUGGCGAUCCUCACGCAUCCUCGUAACGGAGAUGUCAUAUACAACAUCACACACCCACUCAUAUAUGGGGAAUUGAAGAUCAUGACGACGGAUGGGUUGUUAAAACCGGUACAAGAGUUCCAUCAAUCUGAUCUGGAUCAAAACUACCUAAGGUACUUCAGCACAGAUUCCACUGACCAGGAAGAGGACGUUGUUGAACAAAUUCAGUUUGACGCACACCUGGGAACGUUCUCCCUCAAGAACAACACAUUUUUAGUCAAGAUUAUGCCUUCCCCAGUGAAAGUCGCUACCCUAGUGCCACUGGAGAUGCAGGCUGGUGAAGACCAAACAAUCGGGUACGCAGAACUUCAAGCUGAGGUCAAAGGAAAAAACCCAGACCCAGAAAAUGUUAGGUACAUCCUUGUUAAGCCUCCAACAUUGGGUAGUCUACAGUUAUUGGACACAGAGUUGAAUGAAGGCGAUACAUUCACCCAAAGAGACGUUUUAGACAAUUUUAUCAGCUACAGAGUUCUAGUGCGAAGAGUUGUUGACGCUACAGAUCAAUUCCAGUUCAAAGUCUUGGCAGAGGAUCAAUACUCCCCUUUAUACACAUUCCCAAUCAGCAUCCUUGCUGAUUCUGAUGCCCCUGUUCUGAUCAAUGAGAUGCUAACUGUCCUACAUGGCAGUGAACAUGUCAUAAACAAGAAACACCUUUGGGUGGAAACAACAGUCUCUUCAGAUUUUAUGUACCAGGUCAAUGAAGAACCAAAGCAUGGACGACUCAUAAGGGACUCUCCUCCAGGGCAGCCUCGAUUCGAGGGAGCAAUCCGAGUGUUCAGUAAUGAAGACCUUCAACUUGACAGACUUAUAUACCAGCACGAUGGUUCCAAGACAGACAGCGAUGAAUUCCACUUCACAGUAUUUGAUCAGGGAGCAGACAGAUUUGGUAUUCAGGAAACAAUACGUGGUGUUUUCAAGAUACUUAUCUUAAGCAAGAAUGAACAUGCUCCAGUGCAGGUUGUGGAUAAGGUUUUCAACGUGGUCCGCCAUGGACAGCGCUUGCUGACAACUGAUGAUAUCAGUUUCAAAGACGAUGACUUGGGUUUCAAUGAUUCUCAGAUUGUCUAUGCUCGUGAAGGUAUCCUUUCUGGCAAUAUCGUCGUCGCACAGAAUCCCUCACAAUCCCUUUUCCGUUUCACUCAAGCUGACCUGCGAGAUAAAAAGGUCCUUUUUAUCCACCAGGGAGCAGACCAGGAACGCUUCCCAUUACAAGUAUCUGAUGGCUUCCACAAGACAACCGCGCUGCUGCAGAUUCAAGCCAGCGAACCCUACCUGCGAGUGGCAAACAACACAAUCAUUGUCAUUGACCACGGUAGCACUAAGACCCUUGACACAACACUGCUGAGUGCAGAGUCUAACAUGGAUAUCAGGGAUGAGCGUGAGAUCACGUUUCAAGUGACAUCACCCCCCAGCGAUGGCAGGAUUAUUGUCAGCGGGAUUGAGGCGCAAAAAUUCACACAGGAAGACCUGAAAAAAGGAGUCGUUUCCUAUGAGCACAAUUACGAGAGUCUGAGGUCCAAGGAUGCCUUUAGCUUCAUAGUCGGAGCAAGAGAACAUUCGGCGGAGGGGACGUUCCGGAUUAAAAUAUUCAAACAAGGUCACUUCUCAGAGCCUGAGGUGACUACCAAUGAAGUCAUCAUUUCUUAUGAGGGCGAGCACACCGUUAUCAACUCAGAUUUUGUCAAGGUGGAGCAAGCUGACAUUCUGCCUACAGAAAUGGUAUUCACCAUCAAAGAACCGCCUCGCCUCGGUCAUGUGGUCAAGUUGACGAACAGCACAGACGGCACGGACUCGCCAGUCCUCGACUACAUCCACUCGUUUACGCAGGAGGACGUUGAUCAUGGACGCAUCCUUUACGUAUCCGCAUCCAUCCAGGGAGUUGACACCUUUACCAUGGAUGUCAGCAAUGGUUUCACCGCAGUGGAGGACCUGCACAUCACCGUGAACAUUGUGCCCCGAAUCAUCCCCAUUCAAUCCCUCAAUUUGACCGUGAAGGAGGGUCUCAGCAUGGUCAUCAACGACAAAGUCAUCCAAAUCUCGCACCCGUUCUACAAAUCCUUCAACAUUGAAUUCGUCGUGGAGGAGCCGCCAAAGCACGGCGAGAUCCGUUUCCAGGAUGGAGACGAGCUGACUUAUUUUACCUGGGAAGAGGUCAAACUCGGACACAUUUACUACGUGCAUGACAGCAGCGAGAGCACCGAGGACAGCUUCACUAUCUCCGCCUCGGCUUAUGAGAUCAACCGACGCAGCCUUCCCGUCACCGUCGCCGUGACUGUCUGGCCCGUCAAUGAUGAGCCGCCGAAACUGAUGCGCAACACCGGGCUGGAGGUCCUCGCCGGCGAGGAGGCCGACAUCACGUCCAGCAUGCUGAAAACCGAGGACGCCGACAGCCCCGCCGAAGAAGUGCAUUACAGCGUGGAGUCGCCGACCAACGGCAGGGUGGCGUUCAAAGACUUCCCCGACGAGGCCGCUUUCAAUUUCACGCAGGCCCAAAUUGACAAUGGGGAGGUCAUCUUCAUUCACGAGGGUGAGGAGUCUGGCGGUUUCAGUUUCACGGUGACAGACGGCGAACACACGUCUCCCCUCUACAGAUUUGUGGUCACGGCCAGGCCCCUCACCAUCACCAUGGUAACGCAAGAGGAGCUCAUGGUGUUUCCAGGAACGAGGCAGCCCAUCACGAGCGCCAAUCUGGGCGCUGUCACAAACGAAGACGGAAACGAGAUCAGCUACUCGCUGGUCCAGCCCCCUCGUUUGGGACGACUGAUCCUGGCCAACGACAAAAACCAAAUGGAGGAAAUCAGUCGGUUCUCCCAGACCCAGCUGGAGUCUGGAGCGGUCUUCUAUGAGCACCAGAUGCCCGAGGAGCCCUUCUGGGUCGUGAGGGACUCCGUGGAGCUGAUUCUGUCCUCCCAGCCUGCCCCGGAUGUCCGUCACGUGCUACCCAUCACCGUCUCCUACUAUGCAACGCACAGCAACAUUUCCUCACAGCUGUGGAGGAACAAAGGUCUGGAAAUCGUGCAAGGCCAGCGGAAAACGAUCGAUGAUUCCAUCCUAGACGCUUCCAACCUCCAGGCUAGCCUUCCAGAGUCGGAGAGCGCAGAGGUGGUCUUUGAGGUGAAACGUUUCCCUGCCCAUGGACGGGUCACCCUCGGCGGUCGCGACCUACCCCGGGAUUCGCCUUACUUCACGCAGGAGAAUCUGAGUCGCAGAGAGCUGGAGUACCUCCAUGAUGAUUCAGCGGGGUCUUUUGAUAGCUUUUCAUUCAGGGCCCGUCUGAGGUCGCGGGCUGAUGGUGUGUUCUCCAACUCUGUAAUCCUAGAAGAGAUCUUCAACAUCUCUAUCAAACGUCGGGGAUCUGAGCCCCCCAAGCUCGUCACCGUUGACCAGCUACUGGAGGUUCUGCAGGGAUCUAUGAUCCUUGUGACCAAUAAGCAUCUGAACACCCAUGACGAAGACAGCCCCCCAGAUGAGGUCUACUUUAAGGUGACGAAGGCCCCGAGAAAUGGGCACAUAGUUGAUUCCCACACCAUGGACACCCUCUCUGAGUUCACCCAAGAGAUGAUCAACAGAGAGCAGGUGAGCUUUCACAGCGAUGGCAACCUUGAAAAUGGCUUCGUAGAAUUCAUCGUGUCAGACGGAGAACAUCAGACGGUGCCACAAACGCUUCACAUCGGAAUCCUAGCUCACACCCUCAUUCUGGACAAAGCGCCAGAGAUCACAGUGAAGCAAGGAGACGACGAGACUCUGGUGACAGAGGAAAUGCUGAGAGCGACCACGGGAGGUCCUGUGGAGGAGGAGGUCAUCUACAAUAUCACAAGUGUUCCCAAGUACGCGGCUGUCAUGGUAGACCGGCAGCCCACGUCAGCCUUCACCCAGAAACAGAUCAAAGAAAGAAGAGUCAGCGUUCGCUUUGUGAAGUCCACUUCGCCUCGUGACAGCGUUGCAUUUGUCGCUCGGAGUCGGGCGGCCAAUGUGUCGUCUGUUCUUAAUAUCACGGUCCAGCCUCUGGCCAAGAUCGCUCAGGAUCCUCUUCUACCCGAAGGUUCUCUUGUUCAACUCGAUAGAAAACUCUUAGAUGCAACACCCCUAGCAAACAAGACCAGGACCUCCCCAACGUUCACAAUCAUCCAGCAGCCACAGGGAGCUCGAUUUGUCAGGUCUGGCGGUCCUGAUGCAGGCCAGCCUGUGGACUCCUUCAGCCAGCGGGACCUGGAUGAAGGACGUGUUGCUGUAGAAAUCCCCAAACGCUCCGCCAAGUCCCAGGAUGCAGUCGCUCAGGAUCAGGCCCGUUUCUUACUUAAGGCUCAUGGGGUGCCCCCAGCAGAGUGUGUGCUUUCCUUUCAAACUGGCCCCUACAAUGCCUCUGGUGUCUAUCCCGCUACCCUGCUGACAGUCCCCUCAGAGGCCCCGGAAAAAGACAGUCAGGACAAGCCAAAUGUGGCUGUGCCCCCCCUUACAACCUCCGAAAGCCCUGGUUGGAAAGCCAACCAGGACCAACCCCACGGGAAUGUCCAUACCACGGCAGCCCCCUCUGACAGCAACUCACACAGGGACCCCGUGGUUUCUCGACGAGGUAACGUCUGGUCCAUUCUCAUCCCAAUCCUCGUCAUCCUCAUCCUCCUGCUCUUGGCAGCCCUCUUGGCAUACUAUCUGGUCCGUAAAAACAAGACGGGAAAGCACAACGUUCAGACGGCGGGAGCGGCCAAGCCCAAAAACGGAGAAGUAGCCGGCACGGAAACAUUUAGGAAAACCGACCCGUCUAAUAACAUCUCCAUGUCUAACAUGGAUUCCAAAGUGGCCGACCCAGAACUGGUGCAGGACUGUCGGACGACAACUCCGGUCUUGAAAAAGAACCAGUAUUGGGUUUGAGACUUUGAAACGCCCCCUGCCAGAGGUGGAUCCUCAAGUGUUUGGAGCACCGCUUCCUCCAAGUCUUCUUCUCAGUAUUAAAGACUUCUUGCCACAGCAGUUUGAUGGAUUUUUGUUCUCUGACCCCAACGGUCGCAUACUUAUCUCGUCUCAACUGUGGACUGAUUCUCAGGCACCAAAACACUGAAUAGUUGUUUGGCAAGGCGAGAGGCAGUUUGUUAUCUUCGAAUGCCGUGUAUAUUUAUUUUAUCAUUCCUCUCUGUCAAAGAGCACGGAUGACAUAAACAUGCUCCAUGUUUGCAACAAUAACAAAAAAAAAAGGUGCGCUCGGUGUGCUCGAUCAUUUUACGUGUAUAUCAAAGGCCCGCAUUACUUGCUCACCGUCUUCAAAGUAGUUUACAGCUCAUAGGGUGAAGCUGUUAAAAAGUGGACAUAAAUAAUGAAGUAAACACUUAGUUCCAGAAGUACUGUAUAUGGACACUGAGAAUUUUCAUUAUUUUUGCCUUUACACACCACCACAAUGGAUUUUGAUGAAGGCAAUCAACAUGAGUGAAUUUUGAAUUGACUACCUUUUAUGUAGAAUUCUUCAUGUUUCGUGGACUUUUUUUAAGGUGACAAAAUCGGAUGCUCUUCAGUAGCCUGAUCUUCUUUUCCUUUCGGCUUGUCCCGUUAGGGGUCGCCACAGCGUGUCAUCUUUUGCCAUCUAAGCCUAUCCCGUGCAUCUUCCUCUUUAAGUCAGUCUUCAUGUCCUCCCUCGUAACAUUCAUCAACCUUUUCUUUGGUCUCCCUCUCUUCCCUGGGAGCUCCAUCCUUACCAUUCUCCUACCAAUUUCCUCACUCUCUCGCCUCUGAACAUGUCCAAACCAUCGAAGUCUGCACUAUCGAACCUUGUCUCCAAACUUUCCAACUUUGGCUGUCCCUCUAAUGAGCUCGUUUCUAAUCCUAUCCAACCUGAUCACUCCAAGCCAGAACCUCAACAUCUUCAUUUCUGCUACCUCCAGUUCUGCUUCCUCUUGUUUCUUUAGUUUCACCGUCUCUAAUCCGUACCGGCCUUACCGCUGUUUUAUAAACUUUGCCCUUCAUCCUAGCGAAGACUCUUCUGUCACAUAGAACACCAGACACCUUCCGCUAACUGUUCCACCCCGCUUGGACCAGUUUCUUCACUUCCUUACCACACUCUCCAUUGCUCUGUAUUGUUGACCCCAAGUAUUUGAAGUCGUCCACCCUUGCCAUCUCUUCUUCCUGGAGCUUCUCUCUUCCCCCUCCACCCCUCUCAUUCACGCGCAUAUAUUCCGUUUUACUUCGGCUGAUCUUCAUUUCUCUCCUUUCCAGUCCGUGUCUCCGUCUUUUUAAUUGUUCCUUCCUUCAGUGGCCUGAUCGCAAGUCAAUAUUAUGCAGCGAAGGCUCGCUAAAGCAUCUCUAGGGGAGAAUGUCGAAUUCGGUGAGGUCCACGUCGCUCCAAACUUGAGGCGCCCGAAGACAAUGCAACUAACCCAUGCGGACUACACACUUAAAUUGCACCUUCUUGUCUUUGUUUCAAAAUCCAUCAUGGUGGUGGAAAUAGUCCAACUACUAACUGUACUGUAACUUGAUAUUUUGUCUUGUCCAGAAGAUUUCAAACUGCCUUUUGCCUGUUCUGUGCUUUCUGGUUCCUUUGUUUAUUCCGCUGUUUCUCAGGGCUAAAUUCAGUUUCAUGUCAUCACUCUUAACAUUUCAGCAGUUUGUCUUUUUCUUUUUUUUUUUUUUUUUUUUAGAUGAUUUGGUACUUAAAAAAAAUAGCUAAGCUUUCAAACUUGAAUUUAGCUCCAAAGACCGACCAUUUCUGCUUCAAAGGUUCUGGUGAGCUUCCUUUACUUGAGCGGACGCAAAGUUUGGUCUUAAACACGUCUCCGCAGGCUGAUGAUGUCAGAUUUCCACAGACGCUGUUCGGGGGCGCUUUGGGGGAGCGAUCGGGAUCGGGAUGGCGACGGCGCGGUCCGGUUUGUCGCGCGUUCAAAGCAUUCCGUGCUGUAUGUAAGCUAAAUAUAGUCGCGUACUGAGAUCAUGAAGAUUUUUUAUUUUGUAUCGAUGAAGACUGUUACUUCCUUGUUCCUUUCUGAUUGGUGAAUGUCAAUUGGAGGUUAAAAGGUCAUGUAGAACUUGAGCCGGGGUGGGGAACCUGUGGCUUGGGGACCACAUACGGCCCUGCAAGAGCAUUUGAUUCGAUUGUGGAAACAAAUUGGAGUGACUGCUAAUGAAAACAAUUAACCUACAUAUGUUCAUAUUGUAUUGUAAUGGAGCUUUCCAACCUGUCAAUCACUCAUAUAAUAAUAGCCAAUCAGAUAACCGCAUUGUCUUAACCCCUGGUUUGACACGCCCCCCUCGCCGUAUUGUCCCACAAGCAAUGCUGGUUGUCAGUAGCGUGCGCUUGGAAAAGUUAAUGUUACGAAGAAAAUGGUCACAAAUCAUGUAAGAAUAUAGUACAUAUCCACUAUUUGUAAAUAGUGGGAAUAAGCAAGUAAUGGACCUUUCCGACCUGUCAAUCACUCGUACACAACAACAACAAUAGCCAAUCAGCUUGACACGCCCCUGCCGCCAUGUUGUGCCACAACCAAUCCUGAUUGUCAGUAGUGUGCGCAUGGAAAAGUUAAUGUUACGAAGAAAAGGGUCCUCAGAUGCUCAUGGGGAACGUGCAAUUCGGAUGAAAAUAUCCUGCUAGCUUAGAAGGGAUUCGGUUGAUUCAUUUUCCAAAGCCUAAAACACAGUUGACAAAGUGUCUACGAUGGAUUAAGGCUCACGGAAGAGCACAUGUACAACUAAAUGUGAACAAUAUCAACAAUCACAAGGCUGUAUGUUCGAAUGUAAGUGAGGGGCGUCAAACUUUUUUGCAUCGAUCGCCAACAUUUCUCUAUAACUCUGACAUUGCGUCCUGCUCCGUCCAAAACCUUAAUUCCGUGUACAUAUCCUUGCGUGAAAUAGUUGAGACCUCUGUGUAGAACUCUCUUGGACAAGUCUGACGCAUUUGGCAAAAAAAAAAAAACAUACCCCAAUAUUAUCUGGAAUACGCAAUAGAGAAUCGACUUCAAACAUGUUCUGUUCAGUCGCCAUUUUGGAAGCUUGUGGGACAUGGCAAAGGGGGCGGAGCUUAAGAUCGCCAUCGGAAAGGUCCAUUGAAGACCGUGAUCGUUGUAUCAAAAUUCCUCAAUUGAAUAUGUCCAUUGGGUGUGAAAAAGGUUCCCCAUUCCUGAUCUACACUUCAAAUCUUUGUAUUUUCCUUUUUAACCACCUACUGAAAUGUCUUGAGAUUUUAAUUGUUAUAACAUCUUGAGGAUUUUUUUUCCCCUCCUUUUUAGCUGUUGGCACAGAGCUCAGGAAGUGAUGUGUUCAAAGACACUUUGUAUUCCCUGUGAAAUGUUUGGGUUUUCUUACCCCGCCAGCCCCCCCCCCACCCCAACCUCCCUCCGACAUUUCAUCCCCUUUUUUAAAUGUAAAUAAUCUGUUUCAUUCGGGGGUCACGGGGUUUCGCUGUACUCUAAUUAAACGACAUUUAAUGAAGACUAACCGCCCUUCUCUCCAGCUUGCUGCUCUCUUUUGUUUUCAUCCGGAGUUUCAUCAGCACGCCUCCCUUUUGUUCAUUCAUUAUUUAUUAUUUCUUCCACUGCCCUUACAUCACCCCUAUGCUAUAAAAUAACUUUUUUUAAACUUUAUUUUUUCCUAAAUUGAGCUUCUAGAA